UCCACUUCUCCUUUGGUCUAUGAACACACUUCUGUACAAUGCAGUUUGGACUUUCCUGUUUUCUGAGAUGUAUGCAGCGGGCCUGACUGUCAAUGGACCAAAAAUGUAUGUGAGGCACAGCAGACAGGUUCCACUGGGAUAACUCCUGCCCCAUGUACAACAUGGAACCGACAGCUGGUUACUCGCCUACAGUUCCACCACCACAGCUGUACCACAGUGUCCAGGCCGUGCUGCCAAGAGACACGGACAACCAGCAACCCGCAAACUGUUUCAACAAAGGAAUGCUAAGAUGGACACUUCAUAAGAAAGUUCGAAACAAUCCUGGCAACAGCUUGUCUCUGGUUUGGGUGCUUAUUAAAGAGCUCGAAAAGGCAGAAAGAUGGGAUUCUCGCAAAUGUAUCAUCCCUUUGCUUCACACGCUGAUGUAUGCAAUUAUUCAGACUGCCUUCAUUCCAGAUGAACUGUACAAGCGCGUUUAUGACUUUUGUAAGAGAUUACUGACAUAUCCUCAUCCAUAUUGCACAGUUGGCCUCAGCUACACAAAACAGAUGAAAAUUGAACGCAUUAUUCCAGGUUUAAUGUACCAGAGGUUGGUCACAGCAGAGCAGAGACUGAAAAAUGAACACUAUCCCUUUCAGGAGAGGGUUUUUAUUUUGGCCGAUCCACUGGUCUUCAGUGGUUCCUUGAUACCUCUUCUGUUUGGAGAUUUUGAAGCGUCUACCUCCACAUCAGCUGGAUUUCAAAGUCCUCCAGAUCACAUGUGCAGUGUGGUCCAACACACCAUACAGGCUGUUUUGGGAGCAGAACAGUGUCAUGGGCUGAAACUGGCUCAGGCAAUGAGGGACAAGUAUCAAGACAUUGAGCCUUACUUUCAGGAAGUGUUAGCGAUACUAGAGCAGAGCGCACAGGAAGGCAGUAGGGGAGAUGGUGGAGCGCUAAGAAGCCGCCUUCAGCAGCUGUACAGCAAGAUUGUAGCUGACACAGACACAGAGCCAUUGUGUGACGGACCAUUGUGCGAUUGCCCUCUUCCUAACCCCAAGAUUAGUUUCCACCUGUGGACGGAGGACCUAGAUAUCUGGCGAGAGCUGGCCAGGUCGUUUCGAGCCAGCUGCACUUCUGAGCAGUUUUCAUCCCUCAGCCAAGAGCAAGAGGAUUUUGAGCUGGGUGAAUCACCCUGUGACCUGAUGCCAUCUGACAUGACCCGCUUCUCUGUUAUGUCCAAUGACAGCGGUAUUGAAAAGGACUUUCCACCUGGUUCCGAUCCUUCUCCUUCGUCCUCUCUAGACCCUUCCAACAUUAGUGCAUCAUGGGAGCACUGCAAAACGGAGCUAGAGUCAAUGAGGCUGUCACGCCGUGGGGGCAUCAAAUUUAAACCAUCUGCAAAGGAAAGUAUGGUGCUGAUGCAAGACACGUUGGAGGACCACCCCAGUGUAGGAGGAGGUGGGAGCAGAGGAGAGAACAGAGGGGUCACUCUGCAGAGGCGGGCAGGAGCCAGCUCCAUGCAGAACUACUUUCCUAAGCCUCAGAGACACUUUACUGCCAGGAUUGUCAUCAUGGGUGAUGACAGGGUCGUGGGCCGCCUGGCUAAGGCCUACUAUUUCUUCAGGAAAAGGGAAGCGCGGCGGCUUUUUCUGACAAUGAAAGUCAAUCUCCAGUUUUACUACAUUCCUGUUUGUAUGGUCACAACUCCCAUCUCCCCAGCCAAGGAAAACCUCAAUCAUUCCAAUGGAGACUCCUGCUCUCUUGGUUCCUACUUGAGCAAUGUUGAUCCAUGGUACAACUGCAACAUCAAGAGUUUGGGCAGCACAAUUCAUAAUAUGGCUACUAUGCAUCAAGCAAAUCCUGGGAGGCCGAAAGAACCCUUCAUAUCUGAUGUCAUUUCCUAUUACAUCCGCUGUGGUCAGCUACCUGUCUACUUCACCAUCUACUUUGUUAAGAUUACAUUCAACAACACCGCAAAGGAUCCUAUGGAAGAUGUAUUCCUUACCAAUCUGGAGAUAGAAUUUCCAGAAUUCAGGCACAUCUCACCAUCAGUUCGAGAUAAACAUAAGAGGAACUCGGGUGAUGUGUGUGGAGCUGUUAUCUCUAUGAAUUACAAAAAGAUGACAUUAAGUGGCCGAGAUGUUGACAAAGGAAUAUCAGUCAGAACAUCAGGGGCUCAGAUUAAUGCUAUUCCUUUGAGUGAAGUAGAAGACCUGAACUGUUUGACUCUGACUCUGAAUGAAGCUCCUGUAAAGCCAAAAAACAACACAGUGGAAUCAAAGAUCCGGACCAGCAACAUAAAAAUUCGUACUUUGGAGAGCCGAUCCUUUAAUCUUACCCUGGACAAAGACAGUCGAAGGACCUACAGAGAUGUGCAGAGCAUUGAAGUCUCCCCUUGCCUUGAUCCUGGAUAUUGCAUACAGAAAGCCAUGAGGUCCAAAUUCAACCUGGGAGAGGAUAAAGACGCUGGACUGAGCAAAUACAUGAGCAAAGCACUUCCUUUACCUAUCAACACAUUCGCUGGCAUCGUCAAUUGAUGCAAAGAAGUGAAAAAUCAGGCCAUCUGCAUUGUUCUGAAAGCGGGAACGGCAUUCAUCUGCCUAACCAGCAACUCAUCAUGAAAAGACAAAAAGAUAACUUUUGAGUCACAAUGAACCACUCCUAGAACCAAGAAGACGCACCUCUGUUAGUGUGCACUCACUAUUACAAAUAAAAUAAGAAGACUGUCAUUUAAAAUGUACAUGAACGGUUGUAGCUUUGAUUCAGUCCACUGAGCUACAGUAUAAGGAGGUUUUGUCACUCUCCAAUUCAUGAAAGAAUUUCCCACUCUUUGUAAAAGACCUCCUCUGCAUAAUAUAAUAAUUAUUGGCAAUCUUUAUAUGGCAUUUAUGUUGCCAAAGGUACACGUUUCCUUUCAGAAUUUUGCAGUGGAAUCAGAUGAUUAGUGUUAUUCACUUUACCUAAAUGCUGUGAAUGAUCAGUGAUUGUGCCUCUGUGCAAGGGAGCAAUUCAGGGAGCAAUUUGCCACAUAGAGACAUCACUUAAUUUGACAGUUAUUGUAACGGAUGCUUUACUUUAUGUACACACUACCUUUUACCGCCUUUGUGACACAGACACACACAAUUUUACACGUGUGCAUACACACUUUUGAACAUCUCCUAAUAGUUAUUAAGUUCACCCACUUGUUUCUCUAAGAACAGUUCAGAUGACUUUCUCAUUCCUGCAAUCUGCUACAUAAUGACAGCUGUAAGAAAAGCACAAACUAUUGACAUUCCAGACAUUUUUCACAGCCACAUGGUAGCAGUGUCUCAGCUAGAUAGAUGUUUAGCUGUGAAGUUACUAAUGAACAAAAGCAGCCUUUGAUUAUAUCCAAAGCUGCUGACUGCAAGUGGCAUGCUUUGUGAUUUAUCAGACAAAUUCCUUCAUUUGAACAUAUUUGAUUUUAGUACAUUAAUGAAAUCUCUCAGAUCUGAUUUGUGAUUAUCAUCACUUACUGUUAGUUAGUAUGCCUAGUGUGAUAUCACUGGCGUAUUUGCAAUAACACUGAAGUUCUGAUUCUUUUGAGGGAAUAAAUCAGCUGUUUGCAUAAAUCUAUUGAACUGAUUUUAUGUGUAGUUACGGUGAAACAGUCUAGUGCAAUUCAGUCAUGUUACUCCAGUUAGGUUAUCAGAGGCUGUUGAAGAUCUGAUGCAACUACCUGUUUUGAUUUAGUCUUUAUUAAUAGUGAAGAUACAUUUUUGGUUUUACCUGUAAUUUUUUAAGUGUCCGUGUGUAUCUUCUUGCCUGAUAUGGUUUUGCACCUUUAUGUCCAUGUAAUAUCAUAUACUCAGAAUGACUUGACGGCCUUGUGUGAAUAAAUGAAAUAUGUUGUCUUGUAAAGCAGUUUAGG